AUGGAGCGCCUUAAUCAAAUCAACCCGUUCGCCAAGCGCGAGUCGCACAGCGCGAACUCGAUCGUCUGGUACAAAAUCCUGACACUUCUAAGCUGGUUGCUGUCAGUGGUCGUCACCGUCUACUACACGAUCGAGCCGCCGCACGAUGGCAAACACCACCGUGGGACGAUCUGGCACCAGAACUACCACAACUACUCAGGCUUCACUCUCAACUCCGUGAUCACCUCCAUCUACUGGAUCGUCCUCUUCAUCCUCCAACUGGGCUACAUCUCGCACCUCUUCUCAUCCAAGACCGAGUCCGUCAACGCAGCCUGCGCCGUAGGCUCCCACUUCAUCGCCAACAACCUGCUGCACUUCGGCUUCGUCAUGCUGUUUGUGCGCUCGCACUUUGUUUGGGCCGAGGUCCUGCUGCUCAUCAACUUCUUCAACCUGUCCUCGCUCUACUUCCGCCAUAAUUCCUACCCGCGCUUCAUCCACCUGCCUGCCGUGUCUGGGCCGCUGGCCUGGACGUUUGUGGCGGUGUACUGGAACGGCGCGAUCAUGGUGCCGCAUCAGAAUAGCUUGGUGGCGAGGAUCUUUGCGAAUGUGUUUGUGUGGUCGAUUUUGGUGUAUGGGUUGUUUUUCAUUAUUGUGUACAAGGAUUACACCAUGGGCUUCUCUCUCAGCGUGCUGUCGGCCUCGCUCGGCGUUGCGCAGUUCUUCCGCCAGGUCAUCGCCUUCCAGUGGAUCUUUGCCUUCACCAUCAUGGCCGUGCUGUUUGUGCUGACCGUCAUCGUUGCCAUUCCUGCCUGGACGGGCCGCGAGGUGCCGUGGGCCAACGGCCGUGCUGUGGACUCAGAGAGCCGACCGGCUGAUGCUGAGCGCGCGCCGUUGCUUUCUGAUUAG